GUCACCCCCGGGGCAGAAUCGAAAGUGAUCGCGCGGCGGGCGCGGCCGAAUGGGGGACUUCUCUUCAAGGGUGAUCGGCCCCAGAGGACCCGCUGAGCCCCUGAGUCUCAAAUGGCAACCCGCACAGUCAGGUCAGCAUCGGAGAGGGUGUCCCCGGGGUCUGGCCCAUCGCCCAGCAGCGCCACGGCCACCCAGGAGCCAUCUCUGGACAGGCUGCGCGCCCAGCUGGACCUGUGUCUGGGCUGCUCUCGCUGUGCGCAGCGCCUCAACGAGAGCACCUACCUCCUGCAUGCGGUGGAGCACAGCUGCCCCCGCGAGAUCCUGCUGGCCCGCUUCAAGCGAGCCGCCAAGAGCAGGGUCUGGCGCAAGGUGGACCUCCGGCCGAGCUUCCCGCGGCCUGCCCGCUAUCAGGUCUGCCGCUACUACCGCCCUGGGCAGGGCUGCCGCCGGCACCGCAACCAGUGCACCUUCGCCCGCAGCCCCGAGGAGGCACUGGUCUGGACCUUUGAGCGCGAGCACAGCCUCCACCGCCUGCGGCUGAAGGCCCUGGUGCAGGGUGGCAGGGCCCGGGGCGGGCUGCACGGCCUGGCUGAUGUCAUCCGUGCGGAGUUUGGUGGCCACUUUCAGCUGCUCUGUUCCCAUUGCUUCCGGCACUGCCCCCCCCGCCUCUGCCCCGUGGACCCCCAGGGCCGGUGCCCCAAGCAUGGAGCCUGCCCCUCGGUCCUGACCCAUGUGAGGUCUGAGGGCCGUCGCAAGCAGCAGGUCACAGAGGUGCGGCCACGGCCCCAGCACUGCCAGAGGCUGGCCUAUUGCAUAUUCGUGGGGCGCGGGUGGCCGUGCCGGCACGGGGCACCCCGCUGCCAGUAUGCACACAGCGCUGUGGAGAUGGCUGUGUGGGAGGCCGAGCAGCUGGGUGGAUUCCAGCGCAGGGACCUGCUCACACGCCUGACCCCCAGGGGGGACAGGCCCCCAGCCCACCACCACCAGCCCUCUACAGUCCAGCUGUACUGCCAUGCCUGCCUGGUCACCUGCCACUCCCAGGAGGCCUUUGAGAACCACUGCUCAUCUCUGGAGCACGCACAGAUGGUGGUCCUGGACCAGGCCGUGCCCUGGAAGCACCGAAGCCCUCCCGCUGGGCUCUCCACCUUCGAGCUCUGCCCCAGGCCCGACCUCUGUGAGUACGGGGACGUCUGCACCAAGGCGCACUCAGAGCAGGAGCUGCAGGAGUGGACACAGCGUGUGCAGACCGUGGCGCUGCGGGAGCAGGCGGCCUGGCAGGAGGGGCUGGUGCCCUACAAGGCGCGGCUGCUGGACGAGUACCAGCGCAGCAGCACCGAAGUCCUGGUGCUGGCUGAGACUGUCGAUGGUGUGUCCGUCAGCUGCAACCAGCCCCUGGUGCAUCGGGCCCAGGAGAAGAACACUGAGCACAGCUGGAUGUUUGUUGUCCACUCUGAGGAGCCCCUGCAACAUGUGGCCCUGCUCAAGCAGGAACUGGGAGCAGACUUCUCACUGGUGGCCCCGCGCCUCCCUCCGGGCCAGCUGUACGCGCAGGGGGAGCGUUUCUGUGUGCCUGACCGCCCUACCGAGUUCCAGGUGGGAGUGUGUGUGCAGAGCACCUCCUUUGGCACCUUCGAGCAGUGGGUGGUCUUCGACUUUGGCCGCCGGCCGGUGCUACUGCAAAAGCUGGAGUUACAGCUGGGCCAGGUGCACUGCCCGGGGCUCUCGGGGUCGCCGGUGCCCGGCCACCAUGAGGAGCUAGAGCGUUGGCACACUGGCAACCGCCAUGUGGUACCUGGCGUGGAGCGCACAGCGGAGCAGGCAGCCCUGAUGGCCAAGUACAAGGUGCCAGCCCUGGCCCUCGAGUUCCAGCGCAACGGCCCAGCCCCGGGUCCCCUCUCCCACACCAACUACCGGCAGAGGAUGCACCAGUUUCUCUACGAAGAGGAGGCCACCCAACAAGAGCUGGUGGCUAAGCUGAACCUCCGGGGCCCCGUGUCCCUGAAGACGGCCCUGCAGACACCAGCCCUCGGCAUGCUGUUCGCACCGCCGGGAGCCCUGUAUGCCGAGGUCCCCAUCCCCUCCUCCCUGACACCUGACACAGACCAGGGCUUCCUGCUGGGCCGGGCGGUCAGCACGGCCCUUGUGGCCCCUGUGCCUGCCCCUGACAACACGGUGUUCGAGGCGCGGCUGGAGCCCCGGGCCAGCUCAGAGCAGGCCCGGUGGUUGCUGCUGCCGGAGCGCUGCUGUGCGGCCCUGGGGCUGCGGCCCGAGGCCAGCCCCCUGCUGGAGGUGCAGUUCCAGAUCGACCCGCUGACCUUCCGCCUCUGGCACCAGGCAGUGGACGCGCUGCCGGACGAGCGGCUGGUGGUGCCCGACCUGCCCGCCUGUGCCCUGCCCCGCCCCCGGCCCAGCCCGUCCGCGCUGCAGGGCAACCGCAAGCAGAAGCUGGCCGUGGAGUUCAUCGCGGGCAGCGGCCCUAAGGGCACGCAGCCCAUCGCCCCGCUGCUCAUCUACGGCCCCUUCGGGACGGGCAAGACCUACACACUCGCCAUGGCCUCCCUGGAGGUCAUCCGACAGCCUCACACCAAGGUGCUCAUCUGCACACACACCAACAGCGCGGCUGACAUCUACAUUCAGGAGCACUUCCACAGUUACGUGAGCAGCGGCCACGCUGAGGCCAGGCCUCUCCGGGUGAUGUACACAGACCGUCCGCCGAGCCAGACGGACACAGCCACGCUGCAGUACUGCUGCCUGACUGAGGACCUCCGGGCCUUCCGCCCACCCACGCAUGCGGAGCUGGAGCGGCACCGCAUUGUGGUGACCACCACGUCGCAGGCCCGCGAGCUCGGGGUGCCCGCUGGCUUCUUCUCUCACAUUCUCAUCGACGAGGCCGCCCAGAUGCUGGAGUGCGAGGCCCUGAUCCCGCUGCGCUACGCCCUGCCAGGCACCCGGGUGGUGCUGGCCGGUGACCACAUGCAGGUCACGCCCAGGCUGUUCAGCGUGGACCGGGGACGCGCCGCCAGGCACACGCUGCUGCACCGCCUGUUCCAGCACUACCAGCAGCAGGCGCACCAGGUGGCCCAGCGCAGCCGUAUCAUCUUCCACGAGAACUACCGCUCCACCGAGGCCAUUGUCACCUUUGUGUCACGCCACUUCUACGUGGCCAAGGGCACCCCCAUCCACGCCAGCGGCAAGGUCCCACGCCACCCCCGGCGCUACCCGCUCAUGUUCUGCCACGUGGCCGGGAGCCCAGAGCGUGACAUGUCAAUGACGUCGUGGCUCAACACGGCUGAGGUCAUCCAGGUCAUCGAGCAGGUGCAGGAAGUCUACGACACCUGGCCCCACUGCUGGGGCGGCCGGGACAAGAGGCACAUCUGCGUUGUGUCCCAUGGCGCCCAGGUGAGCGCGCUGAGGCAGGAGCUGAGGAGGCGGGACCUGGGCCAGGUGUCCGUGGGUAGCUUUGAGAUCCUGCCAGGGCGGGAGUUCCGUGUGGUGGUACUCAGCACGGUGCACAGCCAGCACAGCCUGCGGAGCCCAGGGGCGCCCGGCCUGGAAUUCUUCACAGACGCCCGCGUGCUCAACACCAUCAUGACCCGCGCUCAGUCCCAGGUGGUGGCCGUGGGUGACGCCAUGUCCCUCUGCUCCUUCGGGGCCUGCAGCAAACUCUGGAAGAGCUUCAUUCGUGAUUGUGUGGAGCAUUGCAGUGUCUGCCCCGAGGGCCUGUUGCUGGAACAGAUCGAGCAGGGGGUGAUCCAGAGGCAGCGCUGGGCCCGCUGCCUGCAGCCUGCGGCCCCACCGGCAGAGCAAUCCGUGGCAGUGGUGGCCGGGGACACUGGCCCAGAGGAGGGGACAGCAGGGGGCCCAGCCACAGGGCAUGCGGCUGCGGUGAACGUGGAGCCGGGGGCCGUGUCCGAGGCCGAUGGGGGUGCACUCCUGCCCAGGGCCUCGGAGGCAGGAGACGCGGCCACACAGGAGGCAGAGGCUGUGAGGUGCCCAGCAGCCGGGGACGCAGCAUCAGCAGGGAACUCAACAGCCACAGAGAGUGAGGACCCCGGGGACCCCGAGGACUCUGAGUCUGACUUCUGGCCCUCCGACUGGGAGCUGAACACCGAUGACCCCAUCCUGCAGGAGCUCUUGGACGAGAGCCAGAAUGUGACGGUGACUGUCCGGGAGGACGGGCUGCUGGACACCGUCGCCAGGCCCGCAUCCCCACAGCGGGCCCGGCAGUACGUGUCCCUGCCGCGGGCCACGAUGCGCCACCUGCUGCGCACGGAGCCCGAGAGGCACUACCGCUGUACCUUUGUACAGGAGACCUUCGAGCGGGCUACGGCUGUCCCGCUGGACAACUUGGGCCCUGGCCCCAUCCAGGUCAGGGGCCGCUUGCACUGCGGGAUGGCCUUCACUGGGGACGAGGUGCUGGUCAAGGUCCUGGGUGGCGAAAGGGGUUCUGCCGGGCGGCCGCAAGGCCGCGUGCUGGGCGUGCUAAAGCGGAGGCGCCAAGAGCUGGCAUUUGUGUGCCGCAUGGAUGAGUGGGACCCUCGUAUCAUGACCCCUAUCGAUGGCUCCGUGACCAAGAUCUUUGUGGCUGAGCUGAAGGACCCGCAGCUGGUGCCCGUGCACUGUCUCUGGAGGGGCCGCCUGCAGCGGGUGACACAUGAGCGGCUCCCCGCCCAGGCCUGGCGCCGCCGGUUGUUCUGGGUGCGUGUUGUCCUGUGGCGGGAACGCUUCUACUACCCGCUGGGCAUCGUGCUGGAGGUGCUGCCUGAGGCCACCACCUGGGAGCAGGGCCUGCGCAUCCUGAACCUGGAGUACGAACUGCGGGAACUCUCGCCUGACCCGGCCACGGUCUCCAAGGUGCUGCAGAAGUACCGCACUGAGCUCAGCCGAGCGCCCAGCUGCCGGGAGGACUGCCGUGGCUUCCUGACCUUCACCGUGGACCCCCAGGGCGCCUGCAACCUGGACGACGCCCUUGGCGUCCGGGACCUGGGCCUCAGGUACGAGGUGGCCGUGCACAUUGCCGAUGUGGCCAGCCUCGUGCCCAGGGAUGGGCCGCUGGACGUGGAGGCCCGCAGGCUGGGCACCGCGUUCUAUGCCCCCAACCAGGAGCCAACGCCCAUGCUGCCGGCCGGCCUUUGCCAGGACGUGCUCAGCCUCCUGCCCGGCCAGGACCGCCUGGCCAUCUCCCUCUUCCUCACCUUCGAGAAGGGCAGUAACCAGCUCAAGAGCCUGCGCUUUGCGCCCUCCAUCAUCCACUCCAACCGCCAGCUGUCCUACGAGGAGGCUGAGCAGGCAAUCAGGGAGCAUCCGGGGGCCGGCCUAGAGCUGCCAGACCGCCUGGACUCCGUGGACGCCUGUGUGGUGGCCGCAUGCUACUUCGCCCACGUGCUGCGCCAGCGUCGCCUGCAGGCUGCCUGCUACUACGAGCAGCCAGAUGAGGACAGCAAGCUGGGCUUCCGUGCGGCCCACGCCAUGGUCAAAGAGUACAUGAUUCAGUUCAACAGACUAGUGGCUGAGUUCCUGGUGGGCAGGGAGCACACUCAGACGGUCACGCCGCUGCGGUGGCAGCCUAUGCCCAGCAGCCGCCAGCUCGAAGCUGUGAGCGAGAAGCACGGGCAGCUGGUGCCGCUGUCACUACACCUGCGCCAGCACCUGCAAGGCCACAGCCCCCCCGCUCCACAGCUGCACCUGCUGGCCACGCUCUGGAAGCACGUCCAGCUUGCAGCCCACGCGCAGGAUACCGGCCGGCUGGUGGACCUCAUCACCACGGACGACAUGCACCCUUCACUGGCUCCUGUGGGCCUAGACUUCCGCAAAGCCCUGGGCCGCUCCGCCUUCAGCCGCUCUAGCCAGGGUGAGCAGCAGCCGGCCAGGCACUACUCGCUACAGGUGGACUGGUACACCUGGGCCACCUCGCCCCUCCGCAGGUACCUGGACCUAGUGCUGCAGCGGCAGAUCCUGCUGGCGCUGGGCCAGGGGGGUCCCACCUAUUCUGCCAGGGACAUCGACGGGCUGUGCCAGGACUUUAACCGCCAGAACUCACGUGCCCAGAGCUACCAGCGCCAGGCCCGCAGCCUGCACCUGGCCACGCGGCUCAAAGCCCAGCCGCAUGACAAGCUGGGCUUUGCAGUGGACGUGGAGGAGGGCGCCCGCUGCUUCAGGCUGUUCUUCCCAGCCAACCGUGAGACGCUGCCCGACCCCUGCCCUGUGCACUACCGCUUCCUACAGCUGGCCGAGCACCCACACGGCCUGGUGAACCGGCCCGGCCUGCGGCUGGUGUGGCGCCGCCGCAUCUAUUCAGUGCGGCCGAAUGGGCCGUGCCCCCCACUGUGCGGAGCCCUGCUCGACUCGCACACGCGGCCCGUGGAUGCUGCCCUGUGGCAGCAGCUACUGGAGCUGGUGGAGGAACAGCGGUGGCCGGAGGCAGCUGCCCUCGUGCGGGGGUGGGGCACCGCAGAGCCACCGAGGCGGGAGGUGGGGCGGGUGGUGCGCAGCGGCUGUGGCCACUUUGUGGAGGUGACCCGGGAGCUGGGCCGUGGGGACGUGCUGCAGGUGCAGCUCAGUGCCACCCUGCAGCGGGGCAUGCUGGCACCAGCCCUGCAGCUGUGGACUGUGGUGCCUGGCGUCAGCCUCUGCCUGGAGCACACGGAACGGCCCGGGGACUGCUUCUCAGGCCACGUGCCCCAGGCGGGGCAGGAACGCUGGUGCAGCGUGAACGACUACUCCCGCGUGUGGGAGCCGUUCUGCUCCCUGGAGGCGUCCACCAACUCGGUGGCCGAGAACGACGCCAUCACGCUGCAGCACGUGACCGUGACCUGGGACGCAGAGGACAUGGCCCAGGGGCAGCUUCAGGGCACCUUCCGCCUGGAGGCCGCCUUCCUCAGCGAGCACUGCAUUGACAUCAGCUGGGGACACUGUUACCUCUGCAUCCGGCUCGAGGGGCUGCGGGCCGUGCCCGACACAGGGGAACCAUGCCCCCCAGCCACCACACCCCGUGGGCCCAGCAGCCUUGGCCCUGUCCUGAGUAUCGACCCUGACACGUACACCUGGGUGGCCCAUGGGCUGACGGAGGAUGGGGACUCGAGUCCAAAGGAUGGCCGGCAAGAGGCCUCCAAGCAGGUGCAUUUCUUCAUUCACCACAUGGCCAUGGAGAAGGUUCCGGAAGAGGUGCUGAGGCCUGGCGCCCAGUUCACCAUUGAGGUGCUGCCCAAGCAGCUUCCAGACCUCCGCAAGGAGGAAGCCGUGCGUAAGCUGAAGAGCUCAUCCCAGCUGGUCAUCAGCAUCGCCCUGGGCCGCCCCAUCCCCCUGCCCCGCCACCCUUCCCGCCACCCUUCCCGCCACCCUCCUGGCCGCCCGCCUGGCCAGCAUUCCCUCCACAGAGGGACCGCCCACAGGCUCCUGGAGCGAGAGACCUUUGACAUCCCCGGAGGCCGCCACAAGCUGAACCCCAGCCAGACCGGGGCCGUCAGAGAGGCUCUGAAGAAACAGUUCACCGUCAUCCAGGGCCCGCCAGGCACGGGGAAGACGGUGGUGGGCUUCCACAUAGUAUUCUGGUUUCACAAGCUGAACGAGGAAUGGGUGCCAGCCCGCGCCCCCUCCGAUAAGGACAAGGUGCUGGGAAGACCCUGCAUCUUGUACUGCGGCCCCUCUAACAAGUCGGUGGACGUCCUGGCAGGACUGCUCCUGAGCAGGAAAGCAGAGCUGAAGCCCCUCCGAGUGUACAGCGAGCAGGCUGAGGCCACCGAGUUCCCCAUGCCAGGCGUGGGCAGCAGGGGCCUGUUCAAGAAGACCCCUGGGGAGGGGAGGCCCAACCAGAACCUCAGGAGUAUCAGCCUGCACCACCGGAUCCGGCAGAACACCAAUCCCUACGCAUCAGAAAUCAAGGCUUUUGACGUCCGGCUGCAGAAAGGGGAGGUCUUCUCCAAGGAAGACCUCAGCUGGUAUAAGAAGGUCUUGGGAAAGGCCCGGACGUUUGAGCUGGAGCGGCACAGCGUCAUCCUGUGCACGUGCUCAUGUGCAGCCUCGGCCAGCCUCAAGAACCUGGAUGUCCGGCAGAUCCUUGUGGACGAGGCGGGCAUGGCCACGGAGCCCGAGACCCUCAUCCCGUUGGUGAACUUCUCUCAGGCUGAGAAGGUGGUUCUUCUCGGGGACCACAAACAGCUGCGGCCAGUGGUCAAGAAUGAACACCUGCAAAGCCUGGGGCUGGAUCGGUCCCUGUUUGAGAGGUACCACAGGGACGCCUAUAUGCUGGACACGCAGUACCGCAUGCACGAGGGCAUCUGUGUCUUCCCUUCCAUGGAGUUCUACCAGAGCAAGCUGAAGACCUGGCAGGGCCUGAGGCGGCCGCCCAGCAUCCUAGGCCAUGCCCAGAAGGAGAGCUGCUGUGUCAUUUUUGGUCACGUGCAGGGCCAUGAGCAGAGCCUCCUGGUGUCCACGGAUGAAGGGAAUGAGAACUCCAAGGCCAAUCAGGAGGAGGUGAAAGAGGUGGUCCGCAUCGCCAGACAGCUGACCCUGGACAGGACAGUGGACCCCAAGGACAUUGCCAUCCUCACGCCCUACAAUGCACAGGCCGCAGAGAUCAGCAGGAAACUUGCACAGGCGGGUGUCACCGGAGUGACGGUGUGCUCCAUCACCAAGAGCCAGGGGAGCGAGUGGCGCUACGUGCUGUUGAGCACCGUCCGCUCAUGCCCGGAGAGCGACUUGGACCAGCGGCCGACUAAGAGUUGGCUGAAGAGGUUCCUGGGCUUCGUGGUGGACCCCAACCAAGUGAACGUGGCCAUCACCCGGGCCCAGGAAGGGCUCUGCCUCAUAGGGGACCACCUGCUCCUGCGCUGCUGCCCGCUGUGGCGCCGGCUCGUGGACUUCUGUGAUGCCCAGGGCAGUCUCGUGCCUGCUGACCAGGUGCGGGUCCAGAGGAGGCCAGCUGUGUUGCUGUGAAGAGCUCCUCACCUGUCCACUGCCCUCAAGCUGCCCAGACAGCAAGGACAAGUCCCACACUGCCCUGCGCUGGCUGCCUCGCAGGCCCCGCUCAGCGGAAUCCCAUGUGCCUUCUGUGGUCACUGCCAGCCACCACCCGGCCACCACCCGGCACUCUUGCCUGCCUGACUGGGUGAGGGCUGUGGCAGCCGGCCGUGGUGCUGGACAGUAACCAGCUCCUGGAGUCGGCUCAUCCCUGGCAGGGUGCAGGCCAGGCCCCACCCCAGCGGGAUGCACAUGAACUUAGGAGGGAAGGGGCGGGCCAGGGGAUGCCCACCCUCCCCACUGACCUGCUUUUGCCACCACAUUGGUGACAGAGCAUGUCGCAGUGGGGGUGGAGGCCUGGGGACCAACAGGACACCAUCUGGUGUCGCUGGGAAGGUGUGGGUUCAGGAAGGAGACCCUGUUGGGGCUGCACUUUGUUCUUCGGGUGCCAUCCCGACCACCGUGGUGCCAGCCAUGGUGUUCAGCUUUCUUUUCUAUUUUUAAAUAAACCAAAAGCCAGCGUCUUUUUUACUGCAACAGGGUUCUCAGCCUAGACUCAGGGCAGAGGCUUUCCUGGAAGUGAGGCCCUUUUCUCUGCCACCACUGCCCUGUCCCCCAGCCUGGCAGGCAGGGAGAAGGCUGACCAGAACCCGGUGGGGACCUGCCCAUCCCGGCCGUGCAGUGUGUGCAAUCCUCCCAUGGGAAUGUGGUUGGCGGUGGGACCACGGCACCCCCAGGACAGGCUGUCAUGUGCUUCUGACCUGGGGUCCGCACCCCAGAGGCCUGCAGGGCUGGGGACCUUCACCUGCCCCUCAGGGUGCAUCUGUGUCCUGCUUCCACACCUGCCCCAGCCCACCCAGAGGCAUCUCUGACCCUGGGUUUCAGUGCAAUCCCACUGUCCCCGUGGGCUGGGGGACACUGCAAACAAGUGUUUACACCAGGAAGGGCUUGCCCCAACCUGUGGCCUGGCUACAGUCCCUGGGGAACACUCUGUGUUGUCUGAUUCUGAUGCUUUCUACAAAUUUCUACAUUCCAGUUUUUUACCUCCUCUUGGACUCUUAUAUGAUUAAACAUUAAUUUUAUUAUA